UGGCGUAACCGGAAGACAAACCGACACUUCUAUGGCGGUGUUUUCCACUGUGACUUCGCUAUUCGCUGAUGCGGUAUCUAAGCGAAGAUUUUUGCUUUUCGUAGUGGUAUGUUUCGUAAAGAUGACUCAUCUGCACACCGUCUGUCAGCUAUAGCCAAAGUAUAUAUACAUUAAGCCGUAAUCGAAGAGAUGGAUGACAUCCAGGAGAGCUCAGAGCCAGGCAGUCCUCUGUACAGUCCCUGUGUGGAGCCAGACACACCGGAUUCCCUGAAUAAUGCCUGUCUGUUGAAUGACAGUGACCCCCUGUUUGAAGACCUUGGACACUUUCAUCAAUUUUCCUCCACUUUUGUUCCCGAGACCCCUAGCCCCUUGACUCAGAGAAGAAAACGUAAUUUCCUGAAAGAUAGCGACAGAAAUGUGGCAACAUCAUCCUGUUCAGAUGGAAGAAAAUGGGAAAGACAUGAACACGUUCCAGGUUACCUUAGCACCACUCCAAGCUCCCAGAGAACGAUGAAGCGGCGCAGGCUGGAGGACUCGAGCGCAAGCACGCUGUGUGGACACUCUUCCGUUACACCAGGAGCAAACGGAUUUGUAAUGGCCUCGUCUCUUUUACCCUCUGAUUUUACAUGGUUGGAGUCACCGCGUCCAACAACCUCCUCUGCUUCUCAUGUUUCUGCAUCCUCCAAACCCUCGUCCUCAGCUGGGUCUUCCACGUCUGCGCUGGAUCAAACUAGUGAUCCGGCAUAUUUAAAUGAGCUGCUAGUAAUGGGUCACCCCUCUAAGCAAAAGACACUAAACACCAGCAAUGGAAGGGAACAGAGGUCCAAAAAGACCAAAUCUAAAGCCUCUAAAAGUACAUCAGCACACUCUUCUUUACACGCAAUAGAGCAUGAAGCUUCACUGCUGGAUGCAGCAAAGAGAAUGCAGGAACCAGCAAGUUCACUUGUGUGUCCGAUACCAGAAGAUAUUGUCAUCAUAGAGGAGGAUGCUGAUGAUGUCGUGGUGGAGAGCAUGGUUCGCUCCGUUCAGAUGUCUGAGGAUGAAGCGUAUGCCAGAAGCCUUCAGGAACAGUUUGAUAUGGAGGAGCGAAUGGAGCAGCAGAGGCGACAGAGCAGAUCGCCAAGCAGAAACAACCACAUGGUUGAUCCGUAUGUUGGCUUGGGCUGGAUUCCUCCUUGGGCCUCAAUGAUCAACUCUGCACCUUUCUCACACGGACCCUCUGAGCUUUCAGAGCUGCAGCAGGUCAUCUUUGGAGAGCAACCCCGUAAGUCACCAUACAUGAGCCAAUCUCUGUCUUGAUGAUUUCUUUUGAAUUAAA